AUUGAAACAUUUAAAUAUUAAGAAGAAACUGUACAAAUAAUAAAACAGCAUUAUUAAUUGAUUUUUUUUUUUUCAAAAUGGAAAAAUGGGCUGGAAAAGUGGCAGUAGUGACAGGAGCCAGUGGUGGUAUCGGUGCAGGCAUUUGUAAGGAACUGGUUCGAGCAGGAAUGAUAGUAUGUGGUUUUUCUCGGCGAGUAGAUCAAGUAGAGGCUUUGAGAGCAGAAUUAACAGAUGCCAGUGGUCAGUUAAACGCUGUCGAGUGCGACCUUAGAUCUGAACAAUCUGUAAUGUAUGCAUAUAAUUGGAUCAUUAACACAUACGGAGGAGUAGACUUACUCAUCAACAAUGCAGGUGUAUUAACAAAGCAAUUACUCUUAGACAGUAACAACACCAAAGAACUUAGCAAAAUAUUCGAGACAAGUUUGAUAGGCAUCUGUCUUUGUACAAAGUUUGCCUUAAAAUCAAUGACAAGUAGAAAUGUUGAAGGCUAUGUGGUGAAUAUAAAUAGUAUAUUCGGGCAUACUUUAAAUGUAUCCGUCCCUGGUCUAAAACCACUAAAUGGAUCUUUUGCAGUGGCAAAAUUUGGCGUAUUUGCACUUUCAGAAUAUUUAAAGCAAGAACUCCGUUAUUUAAAUUUAAAUAUAAAACUUUCUUCGAUAAGUCCUGGUUUAACCGAAACCGAUUUUCUUGCACAACCUAGUGAGUUCAGCGGUAAUAAAAUUGUAGAGUAUAUGCCAAAAUUAAAGCCCAAAGAUGUAGCAGAUGCUUUAAUGUAUAUCAUUACACGACCAAAACAUUUACAGAUUGAUGAUAUAACUAUCAAACCAAUGGGCGAGUUCAUAUGAUUGGUUUCUCUAAACACAUUUUAUAUCAAUAAUGUAAUUGCGGUUACACGUCGAGUUUUCUUGUACAAAUUUUAUUUAAGUAAAUAUUACAAUGUAUGUAUGUAUAUGAAAAAAAAUUCUUAAACAUUUUCUUUCUUUUCUAUAUAUUGUCAAUAAUGUAAAUUCAAUUUUCAUAUCUCUUCUCUUAAUUAAAUUGUAGUAUACUUCCGUUGUAAUUCUUAUAAGAGCCUUAUUAAAACGGAUGAUAGUACUGUUAUUUACUUUUGUAG